AUGUCUGGCUGGGGAUGGAGCGGUUGGAACUCUGGCUGGAAAGGCGGCGGAGCUGGAUGGAGUGAAGACAACUGGCGAGACGGAGGCAAAGAAGGAAAGCGCGGUGGCAAGGGGAAGGACAGAGGCGACGCCGGAUCGAAGGGAGGUUCGAAGGGAGGAAACGGAAAGGGCCAAAAAGAUGCCGCGGCUCCAGCGAAGGCGCCACGAGGGCCUGGCGAUGCUCUGCAGGCCGGGGAGAGCUUAAGGCUGAACGUGAACGACUGCGAGAACGGCUUGCUUCUCAUGGGCAGCACUGGCAGCGGCACUCGAGAGCGUGCCAAGCGGAAGACGGACAGCGGAACGCAGUGGGCCGGUGUCCGUGCUGAUUGUGGUGUUGGAGGAGAAGGCUUGUGGGCCUUCUGUGUGUGGAACGAGACUGGCGGAAACUUGCGCAUUGGCUGGUCUACGGCGGAUGCCAAAUUGGCUUUGGGAACUGAUCGGUUCUCUUGGGGAUUCGGUGGCACGGCUACGAAGUCCCAUGCAGGCAACUUCGAGAAGUUUGGCCAAACAUUCGGCAAAGACGACGCCAUCACCUGCUGCGUGGAUCUUGAGAGGCGAGCCAUUCUUUAUUUUAAGAAUGGCAGAGAGAUCCCGGGAGAUGCCUUCACCUUUGGAAAAGAGCUUUCCGGCGAGCCAUUGUAUCCUCACGUGUAUGCCAAAGAGGCGACAUUUUCGAUUUCCUUCGACGGCAGCGGCGGGGCUCCUCCUUUGUCUGGCGGCUUCAAGUGGAUAGCAGAGGCCGGCAAUUUAGUUCCCCAUCCAAGUCGCGUCUCUGGAGCUGGGCCUGCAGAGGUGGCGCAAGACGAAGCAGGUGACUCUGGACCGAAGUUUGUCUUGACUCCUUAUGGAUGGAGAACCGUCGAGCAAGCCGGCGGCAUCACGCAGGAGUGGCGUACAUCCCUCGAUGCCUAUGUCCGGCACUUUACCUCGAGCCUGGAGCUGGAGUACGAGGCCGAGCGGCAAGCGGUGCUUGAGAAAGUGCAGAAGCGCAGCACUCGGCAGCUGCAAGACGAAGGCAUCGGAAUCGCUGGACUCUGUGGCGAGUUCGAUGCCGUUUACGGCCGGGUCACGCUCUGGCCAGAUGGUUGGAGGAUGCCAUAUCUUUCUGAAAUCAAGUUUGGUCGAGCAGUGCUGCUGAGCACCAUGAACGGAGGCGUAGACUUGGAAGAUCCGAAGAAAACCAUAUCAGCAGAAGUCGAGAGCAUCCGUGACAACACCAUAAUCCUCAGCACGCCCUACGAGCGAUUGCCUUCAACCGGAAGUGGUAAUGACUUGUACAGGGUGGACCUUGGUCCGAAUAUUAUCGCCAACAAACGCAUUGACAAGAUGCUGGACGAGUUGCAGAGGUGUCUGGGCGUGGACCAAGCUGCCAACCCUCGAGAUUCAAUCCAAAAGCUCAACUACAAUGCGAAUUUGUGCGGGCUCCUUUUGCCCGGAGCUCCAUUGGCAGAUGCUCUCUAUGCAGAUAUCCACGAGUCUUCCGCGGCUGCGGCAAAGUGGGACCCCUUAACUCGGGCGGCGCCCAAUCCGAAAGCCGACAUCAGCCGUCACGCACGUGAAAAGGACAUCGGGGCCGAAAAGUACACAGCACACAGUGACAUCCACAGCGAAAAGGACUUGAAUGAGUCGCAGCAGAAUGCUCGGGACAUGGUCCUGGAGCAAAGGCGCCGCUUCACCUUGGUUCAAGGUCCACCAGGCACUGGGAAGACCACCACGGCAGUGGCCAUCAUCUGCGGUUGGUUAAAGAGCAACCGUGGGCCAGUACUCGCCUCCGCUUUCAGCAACAAAGGUUGUGACAAUGUCGCACAGCAGCUGCAUGCCUUGGGUGUCAAGGUGCUGCGAAUGGGGCUUUGCUCUGCGAAAGAGCCGUAUUCGCUAGAGACGAGGCUCCAGGAGUGUGGCCUGCGGCGUGGGGAGAAAGGCAUGAAAGCCGUCUUUGAAACUGUAGAUGUGAUCUGUGCAACAUGCAUCGGCUGUGGCAUGGGCCCGUUGGACAGCAAGACCUUUCCUUUCAUCGUGAUUGACGAGGCGGCUCAGGUCAUCGAGCCCGCCGUGAUUCUUCCUCUCGGCAAGGGGGCCGUCCAGACCGUGAUGGUGGGCGAUCAGUGCCAGCUCCCCGCUACGGUCCUCAGCCAGGAAGCCCAGGCCAAGGGCCUGGACAUCUCCAUGUUCGACCGGCUGCUGUCGAUGGGCAUGGAGUACACGCUUCUGACAGAUCAGUACCGAAUGCACCCCUCCAUCAGCGCCUUCCCUUCCUGGCGCUUUUACCGUGGCGACUUGAAGAAUGCGGUGACGGACGCCGACCGGCAGCUGCCGCACGGACUUCCUUUCCGGUCUCCGCUGGUUUUUCUGCAUGUGGAUGCCAUGGAGAGCUCUGGGGGAGCUUCCAAAAAGAAUGAAGCGGAAGCAGACUGUGUGGCUUGGGUCGUGGAACAGGUCAUGCAGCAUGAGAUUCGACCCGAAAGCAUUGGCGUCAUCUCUCCGUAUGGAGCACAGGUGAAGCUGAUACAAAGGUCACUGCCAUACAAUGCGCAGUUGGCAGUGCAAGUGUCGACCGUUGAUGCAUUCCAAGGGAGCGAGAGGGAGGUUAUUAUCUUCAGCCUCGUCCGAGCGAACCGUCGUGGAGAUGUCGGAUUUGUGGCCGACUGGCGGCGUCUCAACGUUGCCUUGACACGUGCCAGACGACUUUGUGUCGUGAUCGGCAACAUUCCGACAUGGCUGCAGACCGAGAGCUCGCUGCUGCGCGACUGGCUGGGCUUCCACCAGGUUGGGAAGGCGGACGUGCGUGCCUUCAGAGGUUACAACGUGACAGCGCUGCCUGCCGACGUGGCGGCAAAGGCGAACGCGUUGCGGCAGGACUUUGCCACAAAGAAUCCUGCGCCACAGAAGUUGGCGCGGGCUCAGAAAGCGGAGCGGAACGUUUCUGUUGCUGGGAAGAAGGCACGCGAAAUCACCCAGGCACUUGAGGAUGCGAUCAAGGCCAGUGAUGAAGUCGUGCUCAAAAGCGUGAUUUCUCAAGCCAAGGAGGCGGGCAUCGAAAAAAGCAUCAUCGAUGAAGCUGAGACCGUGCUGGAGUCACUGGCAGCUUCCAAGAAGCUGCAGGCAGCCAUGCAAAGCAGAGACCCUACUGCAUUGGUUCAGGCCAUCAUCCUGGCAAAGAUGACAGGUGUCGAUGAAGACAAGGUUCAGCAGGCAGAAGACCUAAUGAACGAGCUCGUCGUCCCGUCUGAAGAGCAUGGUAGAUCCUUCUAUGCCCCAGCUCCGAAGACUGAGAAAGAGUCAGUGGCAGAGGAGGCUCCGACACAAAAGAAGAAGAAGAAAAGCUGGGCGGGACUCUUGAACACUGGACCGAAGUAUGCAGGCCGAAAUCGAGAGGACCGUGCGUCGUAG